CUUAAAGAACGAAUACCAACAUUCUGCGUCAUACACCAGAGAGAGAGAGAGAGAGAAGAAAAUGGGAGAUUGCAGAAGAGUAGGUGUGGCGGUGGACUUCUCUCCCUGCAGCAGAAAAGCUCUCAGAUGGGCUGUCGACAACAUCUCUCGCAACGGCGAUCACCUGAUUCUUGUCACUGUACGCCCCGAGGGCCACUAUGAGGAAGGCGAGAUGCAGCUCUGGGAGGCCACCGGUUCUCCUUUGAUUCCUCUACUUGAGUUCUCGGAACCCCACAUCAUGAAGAAAUACGGGGUUAAUCCGGAUCCUGAAACAUUGGACAUCGUCACCACUGCAUCAAGGCAGAAAGAGAUUACUGUGCUCAUGAAGAUCUACUGGGGCGAUGCUCGGGAGAAGAUAUGUGAAUCAAUUGAUAAUAUUCCCCUCGACUGCUUAAUUAUCGGGAAUAGGGGUCUUGGCAAGCUCAAAAGGGUAAUCAUGGGCAGUGUUAGCAACUAUGUGGUGAGCAAUGCUACUUGUCCUGUUACCGUGGUGAAGAGCCAUGACUAAACACGGUGCAGUUUCUGAACCUUAGUAUUUCGGUGCAUUUCUAUUGAUUUGUAUCAAUCAUGUUGUCUGUAAAACAGUAUCCAAGUUUGUGCGUGUAUGUCUCUAUGUGUCUUGCAAAUGAAAGAAUCUUGUCAUGUUUCCUUAUCCAAUGUUUAUUACCAUGUACCAUGAGCUGGUUCAAUGAAUGAAUUCAUUUGCAAUCUUACA